AUCCGGGAAUUUGGACUGAGCUUGGCUACUAUGGCUACGGCACUAGGCUAGAUGUGAACUUUGAAUUGUAACAGUACUUGGGCUGUGACUGAAGACGUGUCACAAAUCCUCAAGAACACAAGUCCACAUAAGAACGCAUAUUGAGAAACGGCUUUGGUCUCGGGCUAUGGUCUGGGGUUGCCUUGGGGAUAAAUCCGCUCCCAACUGCAAUCUGGAUCAGGGGAGUCUCACAUGAGUCAUCAUUGCUGCUACGCUCCACCUCUCUUUUACAGUCUUUUAAAGAUGGAUUUAAUAUCUCGACCAGAACUGUUCAAUUUCCAUGGAGUCUGGAUGACGCACCUUGUGACAGAUAACUGGGAGAACAUUCAAAACUUUCAGGCCAGGCCAGAUGAUAUACUCAUUGCUUCAUACCCCAAAGCAGGAAACACGUGGGUCUCCUACAUCCUUGACCUGCUGUAUUUUGGUCAGACAUCUCCAGGGCGUCAGACGUCUGUCCCUCUGUAUGCAAGGGUGCCUUUCUUGGAGGUCCACAUACCUUCUCUGCAGCCAGGAUCAUGGCCCCCACCUAUAGUCAAAGGAACAGAGCUGGUAGACAAGCUCCCCACCUCUCCUCGCAUCAUCAAGACUCAUCUGCCAGUCCAGUUUGUGCCAAAGUCCUUUUGGGAGCAAAACUGCAAGAUAGUCUACGUGGCCCGCAAUGCAAAGGACAGUGUGGUGUCUUAUUUCCAUUUUGAACGCAUGACUGUGAUCAACCCAGAGCCUGGAGACUGGAGCAGCUACCUCCAAAGAUUUUUAGAGGGAAAGGUGGUGUUUGGAUCCUGGUACGACCAUGUGAACGAUUGGUGGGAGAAGAAACACAGUUAUCCAAAUCUCCAUUACAUGUUCUACGAAGAAAUGAUCGAGGAUACUGGACGAGACCUAGACAAACUCUCCUGCUUUCUUGGUCUGUCUCUUUCAGCUGAGGAGAAGGAAGAGAUUCUAAGAAAAGUGCAGUUUGAUGAAAUGAAAAAGAACAACAUGGUUAACUUUUCUACGUUCCGGGCGAUGGAUUUCAAAAUGUCUACCUUUAUGAGGAAUGGGAAGGUUGGUGACUGGAAGAACCAUUUCACUGUGGCCCAGAGUGAACAGUUUGAUGAAGACUACAAGAACAAGAUGAAGAAUUCUACACUGCAAUUUCGCACUGAAGUUGAGAGCAAGCGGCAGCCUACAGGGCUGAACAAUGAAGCCAACACCGAAGUGCCAGAAACUGCAGUUCUUUGAGUGACCACUUGAGGCCGGCUUCAGAAACGACUCAACCCACAUCGACCUCCAUGCGAAAAUGCCCAACUUUACAGCAGAAAUAAACAUGUUCUUCAUAGCUUCAUGACAACUGUACCCAAAUAUGGUCACUUCUUGCUCCAAAAUAACAAGAUAGCAACAGCCAGAAAAGCCAAACUCAAGGCUUCAAAAUUGGAGUCCACAAACCAUAGGCUGACAUCAUGGAAGCUACGUCCAUUACUUUUACAGUCAUUUUUUUUAGAGGCUGUGCAUAAUAAAAAAUCCUGAACUGAUAUGUGAUUAAAUAGAUAAUAAUGCUGAUAUUACUGAGUCUGGUAUUAAAUUUCAUUGACAGAGACCAUUGUCUAACCUGUGUGACACAUUUGUUCUUUAGAUGACUGAUGUUAUGAUAUCAUUAAAAAAUAGGGGAAAAGAUCUGCAAAAAUUAAAACUUUUUGAGUGUGAAACAUGUUAAAUGUUGGAAAUCUGCAUUGUAUCUCUAGUUUUUGGUUUUUCUGUUGUUUUUCCUUGUUUAAUGAUUUUCAUUUAACUUUACUCUGUUUCCUGUUUUAUUUUGUAGGGUCACUCCUCAUGUGUCAUGUCGGGUUUUACUUCCUGCCUUUGUGUGUUUUCCCGCCAUGGUGAUUGCCUGCCCUAAUUUGUCUCACCUGUUCCUCAUCUAUCCUGCAGUCACCAGUCCCUCAUUAUCAUCAUACUUUCCUUGUGUAUUUGCUGCACUCCCUUUGUCCUUUGUCAGUUUGUCUGUGUUGGUCUUUUGUGCUUUUUGCUGGAUUCCCUCCCUGUGUUCCUCGAUUAUUGUAAUACUGGUUUGGUUUUUGUGGGGCUUUUUAAUCUGUUUUUCAACAUUUACGCUGAGCGGAUCAUGCAUCUGUGUGUGUGUGUUAAUCUCACAUACUAUCGGACCAAUCAGCCUAAUACUUUGUGCAGACAACUAUGACUGUAUGCUCAAGGACCUCUCGUGGUUGUGGUAGUACAUAAUAUUUAAAAUAAAACUUGUUUAAUGAA